AUAAUUGGCCGUAGCUUGUUUAAUAGCUGAUAUUUUUUACCGAGUAUAAAAUAUCAGAAUACAAUGAUGCUAAUAGCUAAUGAGGGAGCUGGCACGUCUUCUCACGUCACCCCUCUUCACUCCUCACACUUUGCUGCUAAUUAAUUAGUGAGUCUGCCAAACAGAAGGCCUGUUUCAUGGAACUAAAGCCACUAGACCCUAGCUAGUUAGGUCUGACAACGUAUUUCCUAGUACUUCUUGGUGUAUUCCACAGUAUUGUGACAGACUCUGUGGAAUAUGGACGAUGAGGCUUCACUUGAGAGUUAUUUUGACCAGUCAAUUGCUGGUACAUCUGAGUACAUGUUUGAAGGGGACCUGGGAUUGCAAGGCCCUCCACAGCUGCAGGAUCCCUCCUUCCUGGCCUCCUCCAUUUCUUCCCAGCAGAAAGAUCUUUCAGAGGAUCUGGACCUGAGCUUCCUGCCUGAUGAGCUCAGUGCCCAGGAGGAGCCACCAGAGAAUGUGGGUGUCAGUUCCAACGAUGACAGUGGUAUAUACCAAGACUGUCCACCCUCACAGUUACCAGAUGCAGACACAGACCCUAAUAAGACCCAGCCUGUGGCCUCCCCCUUUUGCUCCCUCCCAAUGACCCCCAUGACACCUAUGACCCCUGUUGCCCCAGUCACAGAAAGUUCAGGAAUCAUCCCACAGUUACAGAACAUUGUGUCCACAGUAAACCUGGCUUGUCCUCUAGACUUAAAGUCCAUUGCUCUUCAGGCUCGAAAUGCUGAGUACAAUCCCAAGCGUUUUGCUGCUGUUAUAAUGCGCAUCCGUGAGCCCAGAACAACUGCCCUCAUCUUCAGCUCUGGAAAGAUGGUCUGCACUGGUGCAAAAAGUGAAGAGCAGUCUCGUCUUGCUGCCAGGAAAUAUGCCAGAGUGGUGCAGAAACUCGGCUUUCCAGCCAAGUUUCUUGACUUCAAGAUCCAGAACAUGGUGGGCAGUUGUGAUGUGUGUUUCCCCAUACGGCUGGAGGGCCUAGUUCUGACUCACCAGCAGUUCAGCAGCUAUGAACCAGAGUUGUUUCCUGGUUUAAUUUACCGCAUGGUGAAACCACGUAUUGUCUUGCUGAUCUUUGUGUCUGGAAAAGUUGUUCUUACAGGUGCAAAAGAUCGCUCUGAAAUCUAUGAAGCUUUUGAGAAUAUCUACCCAAUUCUAAAAGGAUUCAGGAAACAGUGAAAAGGAAAGUGCACUUUUUCAGCAAGGAAAAUGUCAAAUGUAUUGCUUGCCUUGAAAGUAAUACUUUGAAACAAGAGAAUUUCAA